GGCGGGAUCUUCGGGAUACUUCAGCCAAUCACCGCCAGCGGAUCGUGCGGGCAGCAGGUUUGGUUGCGCACUACAUAAGCCGCUGCUCCGCUCUGUAUCUGGAGGGGAAGAGGGAGUGAGAGAGAAAGAUGGCGGCGGCUCUCAGUGAGGAGGGGAGCUACGGGUUGUCCUGCGGGAGGGGGACACAGGACAAGAUCACCGUACUCCACGUCAAACUCACUGAGACAGCCUGCAGAGCCCUGGAGAACUACCAGAACACUAAAAAUUCUGUAACUUCACAUCCAACAAUUAAGUUUCAGGGUCCCCAAGGAUGUAUAAAGAUUCCAAAGUCCGAUAGUCCCAAUGACAUGUCCAACUUCAGUUUCUACAUGUCAAAUGUGGGCAAAGAUAACCCUCAGGGUAGUUUUGACUGUAUCCAGCAAACUGUCACGAGUCCAGGGAUAUCAAAAUUGAACUGUAUGGGCUUCAUUCAAGAAAAGAUUACAGUACGUGCCACUAAUGACUCCUACCAGCUGACCAGAGACCGUAUGACCCAGGCAGAGGAGGAAACCCGGAGCCGUAGUACAAAGGUCAUAAAACCAGGUGGCCCCUACGUAGGAAAAAGGGUCCAGAUUCGGAAACCAGCAUCUAGUAUUCUAGAUACCGCACCAGAACGGAAGAGGUCAACCCCCAUUAACCCUGCAAGCACUAUCCGAAAAACAAAUUUAAGCAACAGUAUUGCACAACGUCCAUAUAGGGAACGAGUGAUUCACCUUUUGGCCCUGAAGCCAUAUAAAAAGCCUGAAAUUCUGGCUCGCUUACACAGGGAUGGCGUUAAUCAAAAGGAUAAAAACUCUCUCAGCAUUAUCCUACCGCAGGUUGCCAAUUUGAACCCCAAGGACAAUUCAUAUACACUUAAGGAUUUUGUCUACAAAGAAAUCCAGAGAGAUUGGCCUGGAUACCUGGAGGGUGAUAAACAGUUAUUAGACAGAGUUAUCUCUAGGAAACUUAAUCAAUCACAGAGUGGCACUAAUCAAUCAGACUCCCCUUCAAAUGCUGCAUCUUCAUCUCCGUCACAGAAACGUGUGGGAGAUACAGACUUUAUCGAUCCUCUGAUGACUAAAAAGCCGAGGAUAUCCCAUCUUACGAACAGAGUACCUCCAACGUUAAAUGGUCAUUUAAGUCUAACCAGUGAAAAACCAGCAGCACUUCCUCCCCCACCAUCUGCUGCAACCCCAGCACCACCACCACUUCCACCUGCACGCCUUCCAGUUUCUAACCCACAAACUAUAAACUCUAACUCAAAUUCUCCAAGCACGCCUGAGGGUCGGGGCACUCAAGACCUGCCUGUGGACAGUUUCAGUCAAAGCCGUGGCACCUAUGAGGACCAGCAAGAAAAAUAUACCUCUAGGACUAGUGUUGAAGAGUCAGUACCAACAACAAAGUUGGUAAAGUCAGAACCCAUGGAUGAUAAAAACAGCUCAUUGCACAAAAAGGCUAAGAAAGCCAAAAAAAAUAAGGAUAAAGACCGUAAAAAACUUGACACUGAAACCACAAAUGAAAAUCCGCAACCGCACCUAAAGAAAGAACUGGAGAAGAUGGAGGAAAUUCCUAGUCCUGAUACAAAUCAAGACUCUAAAGAGGCUUGCACUGCUUCUGAUCCGUCAUCAACUACAGUACUUCCGGACUACAUGGUCAAAUACACUGUCGUAGCGUCAAAAGAGCAGAGGGAGCAUUACAAAGAAGACUUUAACUCUGAAUAUGAGGAGUAUCGACGCUUGCAUUCCAAAAUUGAGAGCGUUACUAGGAAGUUUGUGCAUCUUGAUACGCAGCGUAAGACUCUGUCACCUAGCUCUAAAGAAUAUAAGGUCAUACAUGAAGAAGUUCUCAAGGAAUAUCGCAAACUGAAAGAGUCUCUUCCCAACUAUUAUGAAGAAAAGUGCCGCUGUGAGUAUCUGCACAACAAACUCGCUCACAUUAAAAGACUAAUUGGAGAAUUUGACCAACGACGAGCAGAGUCCUCCUGGCACUAAAGCUCUGACACAAGAUGUGAAUAAACGUUAUUUAUUAAAUUCCAAAUGUGUUACGCUAGGUUAAAAAAAGGAAACUUUUUCUGGAGUUUCAGUAUUAGCAAACUUUUUUUUUUUUUUUCUCCUUUUCCCCCCUCCCCUCUUCCUUUUUCCCCAACCCCAUUUUAUUCCGCUUAUUUAAAAGCUGCUUUUUUUGUUUUUUCCUUUUUGUCCUUCUGGACUGGCAUUUAUCCUGUGGAUGUCGGUGUGGAUACUGGAAUAUCAGUGCCUGCAUUUGAACUGCGCAUUUUAAAUUAUGUAGCAAGACUAUGUGCUUAUGGAUAAAUGUACGUCCUUCUUAAUGCAAACCCUUUGCCUUUAAAUGGUAGAAGGUUUCAAAAAAAUUUGCACAAAAUAUAUUUAAAAAAAAAUAAAAAAAUGGAGGGUUGAUGGACAGAAAAGGUGCAUAUAAAAUAUAUUAUAUAUACAGUCUGUCUUGAUCCUUAACUUGCAAAUCUUACCCCCCACUUCAAUUGAUGCCUUAAGGUGUUUGUCUAUAAUAUGUGUAGUGAAGUAUUAGCUACACCGCUUCCCAGGUUAUUAAAGCAAUGGGAAGCACACUGUGGCCUAUCAGCGUCUGGAAGUGUGUUUGUAUGUGUGCCAGGCUGCGUGGGUGUGUGCAUGCAUGAUACACAAAGCUGCUAUUUAAUAGGCCAAACGCUCAGGUUUUAAUCAACUGAUGAGUGUUGGGUUUUUCCUAUGAAUUUGCUACUUGUAUUCUGGAAAACGACAGCAAUUCCACUUCAAGAAUUUGUCGGCGUUAACAUUAAAGGUGGGGGGGUGAGGGAGCUGAUGACUAUAUACAAAGAAACUCCUUCAGUAUUUGGGGGGUCUACUUGUGAAGGUGUUUAACCAAUGUACUUUUUUGGGCGAAGAAUUCAGAAACUUAACAGUGUAGGUGACCUAUUUAUAUAUUGAUAUAAAGUAUUUUUGAAAAGAUAUGCAAAGAAGCUAUUUACCUACAUGUAUAUUUAAAGUGUUUUUGCUCCUGAGAGCCAGGAAUUAAGUAAAAUACAGAUCUAUUUAAAAAAAGAAAAAAUACUGUGAUCAUCCGACAGCACAAAUAUGCAUUUCAUGCUACUUACCAGUUUACUUUGAAAACUUUGGAAUAUUUUUUUUUUCACAUGGGAACAGAAGCUAUUUGGUUUUUAGCAUUCUGACUAAACCAAGAUAUCUGAAUUUAUUAUUUUUAUUUUUUUUUUUAUCCUUCGAAUAAGUGCUGCCAAUUAAAAGGGAAGCAUAUUGUUUACAGAUGUGAUUUGUUGGAAUGUUUGCCAAAAAAAAGUUGAAAUCUGUAAUAAACAUUGCCUCCAAUACCAAA